GCCCCCGGGCGCUGCGCCGCUCCCCCGGGCCCGCACCCCGCGCCGCCGCCGCCGCCGCCGCGGCGCCUUCGCCGCCUCUCCUCCUCCUCCUCCUCUUCCUCCUCCUCCUCCUCCCGCAGCCCGCCGCCACCGAGCGCGGCCGUAGCCCCGCGCCCCCCACCCCCCCCCGGCUCGCCGCCUCCCCUCCCGCGCCGUCGGGCCGCGGCCUCCCCCGCCAUGUGAAGCGCAGGAAGAUGCGGAGGCGCUGCCCGGCCGCCCGCGGCGAGGGAUGAGCCGAGACGGGGAGAAGAUGACCGAGGACGCCUACCCAGACGAUGACAGCUAUAUUGUGCGAGUCAAAGCUGUGGUUAUGACCCGAGAUGACUCCAGUGGGGGAUGGUUGCCACAAGAAGGAGGCGGUCUCAGUAGAGUUGGCGUCUGCAAGGUCACAUACCCGGAGGGCAAUGGAAGAAGUGGAUUUCUAAUCCAUGGUGAAAGGCAGAAAGACAAACUGGUGGUGCUGGAGUGCUUCGUGAAGAAGGACCUGGUGUACACCAAGGCGAACCCAACCUUCCACCACUGGAAAGUCGACAACAGGAAGUUUGGGCUCACUUUUCAAAGCCCCGCUGACGCUCGGGCCUUCGACAGAGGCGUGAGGAAAGCCAUCGAGGACCUCAUUGAAGGGUCUACUACUUCCUCGUCAACGCUUCACAACGAGGCUGAGGUCGGUGAUGAUGAUGUCUUCACAAAUGCUACAGAUAGCUCCUCCAACUCCUCUCAGAAAAGGGAACAGCCUGUGCGAACUCUGGCUUCUCCGGCAUCCAGCGAACAUCGAAGAAUUUGCACUCGUGGACACCUUCACGACCAUUAUAGUUCUGACCACUACCAUCUAGAACAAUCAGCACCACGAUCAUACCGGCACGUCAAUUUUCCGGAUGACGAUGAGGAGAUAGUACGCAUCAAUCCUCGGGAAAAGAUUUGGAUGACUGGAUAUGAGGACUAUCGCCAUGCCCCAGCGCGAGGAAAGAACUUUGAUCCUGAUGACAUGGACUCCUACGUACGUUUUGCCAAAAGUGAGGCCUCAAAACACGAAUACACUUAUCCUUACGUAGACAACUCAGACUUUGACCUGGGUGAAGAUAUCAAGGGUGCUGUGAUAAAGACUCAACCCGUCAAAUUCAAGCCCAGACGGAAGGAGGAUGGUGAGAGGUCGCGGUGCGUGUACUGCAGGGACAUGUUCAAUCAUGAGGAGAACAAACGGGGUCAAUGCCAGGAUGCUCCAGACCGCGUCAAGACUUGCAUCCGUCGAGUGAGCUGUAUGUGGUGCGCAGACACUAUGCUCUAUCACUGUAUGUCCGAUCCGGAAGGAGACUAUACAGAUCCUUGCUCGUGUGACACCAGUGAUGAAAUGUUUUGCCUCCGGUGGAUGGCCCUUAUCGCCUUGUCUUUCAUUGCUCCAUGUAUGUGCUGUUACUUGCCGCUUCGGGCUUGUCACCACUGUGGGGUCAUGUGCAGGUGCUGUGGUGGAAAACACAAAGCUGCUGGAUGACUACAGAUGAGUUCAGAGUGUUAUGUUUUUCCUGUAGUUGAAGGAACACGUUGGUUUUUGAGCAUUGAGAUCACUUAUUUUGAUGCAGCCACUGUGCCCAACAGCAUCCAGAAACCACCAAUUUGGAUCACUUUACAUUUGAUCGUCUGGGGCUCACACUGCAUUGAUUUGCUCAUCAAGUGUUCUAACUAACUAACGUACAGCAUAGACUUUUGUAUUAUUAAUCUGUAAUCAAACAGACUCUCUUGUACAUGUUUAUAUUAUUUUUUCAGUUAAAAUGAGUUUGAGAAAAGAACUGCUUUAAAUGGUGGUGGAUUGUAGAACAUCUCCAGGUUGUGUCCGUCUUGCCUCUGCUUGCUCGGUACCAUCAGUGCAUUAGCAAGUUUUGGCAUUUCUCGAAACAGGGUGGUAUAGUGAAUGAAAUCUCACUUGGAAGAUAUUUUAACUUGCCGUCAAUUUAUUGUGUGUAUAGAAGGUGUGCUAGUAACAAACUUGUACCACAACACAGUAUUUCUGUCACUGGUUUUCUUUUUUUUUAUUAUUUUUUUUUGUUGUUGUUGUUGUUCUAUUUUCCAAAGCCAAAAUAGCCAUCUAAGCUGCAGUUUCUCUUCUAGAGUCCAUCGUCAUUUCCUUCAGCAAACAUCUUAAAUUAUUUCUCUGUUCUUAAAGUUCUAUGAACAGAAAGCAAGGCUCAGUUACCAUAGUCACAUAACCAUUGAGAAUCUGGUAGUUCUCCUUACCUGUAAUCAUUUCAGACCACUACUUGAAAGGGAAACUUAAAUUUUAGUGUUUUCUUUUUUCCCUAAAUAACUUUGGAAAAAUAAAACUGUGUUUUCAGAGUUCUGCUUGAAAGAAAGGAACUUCUUCAUUAGCCAGCCAUGUCGUGAUUUGAGAAUAAAACACUAAGGUUCCAGAUGGGGAAAGUUCUUGUUAUGCAAAGAAUUAUUAACAAUGCAAUGUCAAAAGCACUAUUGUAAUCCAUGGCAAUUCUGGGGAAAUGCUGCAUUAAGUGGUGGAUUGUAUGGAAAAUAGUAUUUGUUUAUUUUUUCUGUAUAAUACAUGAGCAUGAGAACAUACACAUCCACAGUAGAAACUACAUUUAGCAGUCUAAGCAGGUAUUUAAAAUCAAAAGCCAGGUUGUUAACCACCACUUUCAUUUCUUGACCUGCGGUCCCAAUCCUCCAGAUGCUUACAGAUGUCCCAACUUAAUGCGUGUGCAACCAGCAUUUCUGUGAUUCUGUGUGUAGGAUAAAGCAUGUGAGUCUUUGCAGGAGCCAGACUGAAGUGUCUCCCCCGCUUUCCCCUCCCCAGUUUGCCACCCAGAUUUAUCAAGUGGAUGCAUAAGGUGCAUACAGCAGGAUAAGAUUACUUUAAUUUUUUUUAAAUGUCAUGUUGUCUUGUGUACAAGGCUUGUAAUUAGCUGGAAAAAGAGUAUUUUUCUAAUAUAUUACAAGGAAUAGCCAAAUAAUUUUUAUUAAAAAAAAAUGAUUUAGCGCAGUGAGCUCUAACUAGCAUUGUACAAUCUGAAUACUUUGAGGCAGCUAGGGAUUGGCUUGUCAAAGCUGGCACUGCUGUUCCUGCCAUAAUUUCUUUCUGCAGUAAAUUGCCAGUGGGCGCAUGUCCUUUCCCUCCCUCUAUUGCACAUUGACAUCAGUCUUAAAAGAGAGGAUUUUUUUUUUUUGCCAAAUAAAUGUAAAAGGAACGCUUGCCAUUUUUUCUUGGUGGAAUGUCCCAACAGUUCCUCUGAGAGUUAAUCACAGCUUUUUAGUAAACCAUGAACUAAGUAUGCAAUGUGCUUAUACACUAUAGAGUUUGGUAGGCUUAAUUUGUAGCAGUUGCUGGGGAUCUUUUGGUUGGAAAAAAAUGAAUGGUAAUGGAAAAGGGAUGGAGUGUUACACUCUUGGUGAUGUGUCUGGGUUUGCUGAAUGAAAUAUAAAUAUUUUGUGCCUAAUAGCAGUUGACAAAUCUCUCAAUGGUGUCUAGUAAACAUCAAGCCAGCCUCGAAAAAAUUUAAUGGAACAACCUUUUCCUUUUAUUUCUGUUCUCAGAGUUGUUUCAUGUAAACAAACAUCUGUAAGAUCUUGUCUCUAUAAAGCACAACACUACAAAAAGAUCUUACAGCUUUUUGUCCGGUCUUGAAGUGCCCCUAUUUAUUUAAGUAAAGUAGACAUACUCCAAGCCUUUCUGUAUGUCUGGAAAUAAAAGUUAAAAAAAAAACUUUUUUAAUUUUAUUUUUUUUAAUUUUUCCUCCUUUCUUCUUCCUCCCUCUUCUCCUUUUGGGUUUUUGUAAUACUUGUAGAUUUUGCUGCGUGUGUUAUUUGGUUUGUGAAGGCAGUGGUGUAAGGGCACAAUGAUAGAAAUGGGUGUUUUUUGUAAAUAUUUCUCCUUAAUUUCCACACUGCUGCUGAACAGUGUGUAGCAUUCUCCCAGUCAGCUUUGCAAUACUGACCAUCAAUCAUUUGAGAGAAAUUAUUCAGAUUUUAUUUUUGUAUCUGUGGUAACAAAACAUUAACCAAUUUUUUUUCUGUUGUGGAAAAUUUUUUUCAAGCUAUUGCUCACAUUAACAAAUUAAAGUGCCUGAAGCCUCAUCAUUAUUGUAUCUAUAUACUAAAAGUUAAAACCCUGUUGUAUUGAUUUUUAUAAGCCUUUUUACCUCUGUGUAAAAAAAUAUAUAUACAAGUGUAUGAUGUACAUUUUAGUUCUUAACUUCUUUUUUUAUUGUUUCUAAUAUGUAUGAUCAAUGUAGCUAUUGCUUUAAAAUGUACCAUGUAAAUACAAAUACAUCAUAUCAAAAUGA